CGCCCGCCCCGCCCCCAGUCGCUAUAAAGGGAAGGCGGGCUGCGUCCCCGGCAGGCCCCGGCCGGCGCUCGGCACCCGCUCGCUCCGUCUCGCGCCGCUCGUCAGCCGCCAGCCGCCAGCCGCCAAAAUGGUGAAGCAGAUCGAGAGCAAGUAUGCUUUUCAGGAAGCCUUGAACAGUGCUGGGGAUAAACUUGUAGUAGUUGACUUCUCAGCCACGUGGUGUGGACCUUGCAAAAUGAUCAAGCCUUUCUUUCAUUCCCUCUCUGAGAAGUAUUCUAACGUGGUGUUCCUUGAAGUAGACGUGGAUGACUGUCAGGAUGUUGCUUCAGAGUGUGAAGUCAAAUGCAUGCCGACCUUCCAGUUUUUUAAGAAGGGACAAAAGGUGGGUGAAUUUUCCGGAGCUAAUAAGGAAAAACUUGAAGCCACCAUAAAUGAAUUAAUCUAAUUACAUUUUCUGAAAACAUAACCAGCCCAUGGCUGUUGAAAACUUGUAAUUUUUUUUAUUUACAAAAAGGAAAGAUCAAGUAUGAAGACUAUAUACCCAACUACCAUCUGAUUAUAAGUGACAAUAAAAUAUUAAUUCUACCCUUUUUAAAA